GGGGCACCAACACCAUGGUCUGGUACGCGUCGCGCAGCGGCGUCGAGCGCCAAACGCAAGGCGUGCGCCUAUAAGACCCGGCCGACCCGCCGCCAACGCAGGCGAGGCAACAACCACUAGGCGCGCGGGGGGCCUCGGCUGUUCAGCGCGAGAGAGUUCACGCGCCUCGUGCCUGCUCGAUCUUGGAGAGGAGGGAUCGGGUCGGAGCAGGCCGGUCACGCGCGCGGCUAGGUAACUGUUGAAGGCGAGGAGAUGGUGGCGGCGGCGAGGGCGUCGGAGGUGAAGGCGGAGGGGUUCCUGCGGGGCGCGUGCGCGGCGCUGGCGGCGGCGUCCGCGCUGCUGGUGGGGCUCAGCACGCAGACGGAGACCGUGCUGCUCGUCAGGAAGAAGGCCACCGUCAGGGACGUCCAGGCCCUCUGGGUGCUGGCAAUGGCGGCGGCCGUGGCGGCGGGGUACCACCUGCUGCAGCUGCUCAGGUGCUUCUACCUCGGCCGCGUCGGCGGCGUCAACCCCUGCCGCCGGAGCAGCAGGGCUUUGGCAUGGAUAUGCCUCCUGCUCGACAAGGCGUGCGCGUACACGACGUUCGCGACGACGGUGGCGGCGGCGCAGGCGUGCGUGAUCGCGCUGGACGGCGCGCACGCGCUGCAGUGGACCAAGCUCUGCAACAUCUACACGCGCUUCUGCGAGCAGAUCGCCGGCAGCCUCGUGCUCGGGAUCCUCGCCGCCGCCGGCACCGCCGUCCUCUCCGCCGUCUCCGCGCGCAACGUCGUCCGCCUCUACCCGGCGCCGCCGCCGCCCUACGCCGCGCACUAGAAGCAGCGGUGGGCUCAAGGCGUCAGCUGGGCCGCGUGCGCUUCUCUGAAGAAUCUCUAACAACGAUGGGCCGUGACGAAAUGUAGGCCCAAGUGAAGAGUGAAGAUGGAGAUGUUAGUAGAAUUCUGCCUACUUUGGACUGUACUAUUUCGCUCUCUCCCUCCUCCCUCUCCAAAAAAAAGGGGUACUUGUAUGGUUUUUUUUGCUUUUGUUUCGUUUGAUAUGUUAGUGGAGAUGAGUACGUAUGUGUGCUAGUGUAUCUGUAUGUAUUUGCAGUGUAUUUUCGUAGAUAAUAAUAUGCUACGUCUUACCAGCAGUGCAGCUAAAGAAAAAAAAACAGCAGUUACUGCCUGCUGUAAAGGAGUUGUACUGCUGUAGUGACAAUAUUGCAGUAGGACUUUCAUACCUCAA